UGGAAGGUUCAUUUCCCAUUACUAUUAGCAUUUUUCAUGUUCUUGGCCACAGGAAUUGAUUUUUGGAAAUAGUAUUGGAUCCAGGAAUUUAUUCAGUGUCCUUAUUGACUCACAUUAUCAAAGUGACAGAACCAAGCAAUUGCUACUAACAACACAAUGUUACAGAAACAAUUAAUUAUUAUCUAACAUGGAUGAGAGUUGAAUCCAGCUUAGAGAUACAGUCUUGUGAUAUUGGAUGUUUCUGGCAGACAAGUUUUCAUACUGCACAUUGUGCUUUCCCCAGAAUUUCUGUUUACUUCUCUUUUUUUUGCUCUAUUCUGACAAGGAGCAAGUUUGAUGUGUACAUGACACUGCAGCAAUGAGGCUGUAAUUGUGUAUUGUGGGACAGGAGUACCACAUCACUAAGCUUGUUCUUCUGUGCAUUACCAACUGAUUCGGAGAAAAAAAAAUUUAUUAAAUACUUUAUUGGAAUUUGGGAAAUUUUGAUCUAUUUGUCUUUCCUGUGAAAUUUUAAGUAGUGACAUCAUGGGGAAUAAAAUUAGGAAAUUACUUCUUGGUCGAAGUACAGAGGAGGAUGAAGUAACGGGGAAGGAAGGAACGUACACAGAAAAACGGGAAGAUGAGAUACAAAAUACAGGACCUAGUAAAACUGAAUCAGAUCAACAGAUAGAAAAGGGGUCUGAGAAAAUGUCUGAUUAUUCUGAGUCUAAGACUAAUAAGGAAAGCUCAGUGGCUGAACUCACAGAAUCACAUCCACAAGGAAAAACUGAAGCAAAACCUUUGGGCAAGGGACAGGAACAGAAGACAAAGAGUAAAUCAGCCACCCCUCCCAGUGAUGAUGUCGCUGAUGAGAUUGCCAGUACUCCGUUCCCUCUUAAGAACAUUGUCAGGAACAGAAGAGGGGCUGUCAGUGCAGAAGUCUACAAGGAAGAAGAUGCAGCACAGUAUGUCAAAAAGGUUGUGCCAAAAGAUUACAAGACAAUGGCAGCUCUCUCAAAAGCAAUCUCCAAAAACGUUCUGUUCUCACAUUUAGAUGAUAAUGAAAGAAGUGAUAUUUUUGAUGCCAUGUUUCCUGUCCAUCGUCAUGCAGGGGAGAUCAUCAUCCAACAAGGUGAUGAAGGAGAUAAUUUCUAUGUGAUAGACCAGGGAGAAGUUGAUGUUUUUGUGAAUGAUGAACAUGUGACAACCAUUGGGGAGGGAGGCAGUUUCGGAGAGCUGGCUCUUAUUUAUGGAACACCUAGAGCAGCUACAGUCAAGGCUAAGGGAGACGUGAAGCUAUGGGGCAUUGAUAGGGACAGCUAUAGAAGAAUUUUAAUGGGUAGCACAAUUAGGAAGAGGAAAAUGUAUGAAGAAUUUUUAGGAAAAGUUUCGAUUUUAGACAAUUUAGACAAGUGGGAGAGAUUGACGGUAGCAGACUCUUUAGAGCCGGUACAGUUUGAGGACGGGGAGGAGAUUGUCAGGCAGGGGGAACCAGGAGACGAUUUCUUUAUUAUCACAGAGGGCACUGCUGCAGUAUUACAGAGGCGGUCAGAAAACGAUGAACCCGUGGAGGUGGGGCGCCUUGGGGUUUCUGAUUACUUUGGUGAGAUUGCCCUGCUCUUGGACAGACCUCGUGCAGCAACAGUCGUGGCCCGAGGUCCAUUAAAAUGUGUCAAGCUGGAUAGAGCUCGAUUUGAAAGGGUCUUAGGACCAUGUUCUGAUAUUCUUAAGAGAAACAUUGCACAAUACAACAGUUUUGUGUCCCUGUCAGUGUGAUUAACCAAAGAUUGAACAAUUCUAUCAAUUAUUUUUAUGUAUGGUGGGUAAGUUUUUGCUCAUUGCCAUAGUUUUGUUAAAAAAUCAUGUUGUGUUUAAAAAAGGUCUGGCAAGCUGCAAUAAUUUUCUGUCUAUCAAACGGAGCUCUUCCUUAUUUACUUGCUUUAUACAUUGAGUUUCUUCUGUAAAAAAUUUGUAUCAGUUCAGGAUAUUUAAAAAUACUCAGUCACAACAACCAUAAACUUUGACAUGCUAGAAAGUAUUAUUAGCAUUACUUUAAACAGUAUUGAAUCACAAAACUGAAAGGAAUGUAUCAGUAAAUUAAGUGUGAAAUAUACCUUAAUAAUGGGUAUGAUAUUGAGCCUAGUGGCUAUGUUAAAAGAACUUGCCAGAGAUAAAAACUAUUGUUUGAUAUUUUAUUCCUUUGUUAGGAAGUAUCUCAUGAAUUUUUGAAUAAAUAGAUUUAAAAAUCAUCA